AAAAGGCCGAUACAAACCGGAGAGAUUAUUAUUUUCGUUAAAUGUUUCAAUCCGGUUACCCAGUCAUUAGAAUCUCUUGGUCAAUUAUGUGUUCAGAAAAGCAGUAAGAUUAAUACUAUUUUCCCUUUACUAUGUGAGAAAAAACAAUUGCAACAAAAUACGCCUUUGGAUGUAUAUGAGGAAGUUAGCCCAGAAAUUAUUGAAAAAAAGAAGCCUAAAUUAACUUUUAAUAAGUCUGAGAUGCAAGACGGUGAUAUAAUAUGUUUCCAAAAAGUAUUAACAAAUGAAGAGAUUCAAGAACAAGUUUCUGCAGGCCGCAUUUACAGUAUCCCUCAAUUUUAUGAAUCAUUAUGUAUGAGUAUUAUCGUUCAGUUCAAGUCAAAAUGCGGGUAUAAAGACUCUGUACCCGAAUUUAGUUUGAUUUUAAAUAAGAACAUGACAUAUGAUGCAGUCGCUAAUCAUGUCGCUGCUCAUCUUAACACCAAUCCUUCGAGAUUGCGAUUUACAUCAGUAUCAGAAAAAGGAAAAGUAAGAAAUGAUAUUAACAUGCUAACUGAUCAAACAUUAACAGAAAUGCUUAAUUCAUUAUCAUGCUUGUAUUAUGAGAUACUCGAUAUUGAUGUAUAA